GGACUUUUUUCAACCUGACUAACAAUGUAGCUUAAUAACUGUCAGUCCGUUCCUUUCACAGAUGGCACACCAAAAAAAUCAAACAGUCAAUGUUGAAGUCCUGAUUGUUGGAUUUGAGAACCUCACUGGAUACAGAAUCCCUCUCUUCCUUCUCUUACUGAUCAUAUACUCAUUGACUUGCAUUGAGAACAUCCUGAUUAUAAUUUUAGUAUGUAUAAGCCCUCGUCUCCAUUGUCCCAUGUACAUCCUGAUCGGCAAUUUGCUCUUCUGUGAAUUUCUCUACACAACGGAUCUGGUCCCCCUGAUACUGCACCACAUGCUCUCCGGAAAACCCGUCAUCUCCCACCUCGGCUGUUCUGUCCAGUUAAAUGUAUCCGGAGCCGUAACGAUCAUUGAGACUUUGCUGCUCACCUUGAUGUCAUACGACAGAUAUUUGGCCAUUUGUAGACCUCUCAGAUACUCCGCUCUCAUACACAACAGACUCUGCUUCUAUUUUGUAACCAUGUUUUGGCUUGUUUCAUUGAUAUUCCUUAUAGUUAUAUUUUACUACGUACUAAAUAUUGAAUUUUGUGGCCCUCUGACCAUCGAUCAUUUUUAUUGUGACUUCACCCCUUAUGUGUCCUUUGCCUGCUCAGACAUAACGACUCUUGUUUUAUUUGCCUUAUCGGUCAGCGUUACAUUGACGAUAUUGCCUUUCUUUUUCAUUGUUCUGUCCUACGUCUUUAUUAUAUAUACAAUCCUCAGGAUACAGACGUCGGCGGGAAGGCAGAAAGCCUUCUCUACCUGCAGCUCACACCUCCUAGUGGUGACUUUAUAUUACACAGCACUGUUUUGCUUAUACGGGAUGCCGAGGAGUGACCAUUAUCUCAAUGUCUACAAAGGAUUGUCCUUCACAUACUUUUCAGUGACACCGAUGAUCAACCCCAUCAUUUAUACUUUAAGGAAUCAUGAUUUUCAUAAAGCUCUGCAGGCAGCAAUAAGUAAAAUUAAAACUGUUUAUUGUUAG